CACUCAUGCCCGUCUCUCGCAGGUGGAGCAAGGGCAGCACACCAUGUGCUCCUUCCUCGCCUCUCGCCACCUGCACGCGUGGGGUGCAUACGCAGCCCUCUGCGACUGCUCAGCCUUGCGUGAGCUGCCACCAGCCGUGGAGGAGAGACGAACUCCGCCACACGCCCCUUGCGCCCCGUCUGACCGCCCCACCCCAACCUCUUUCCGCACCACACAGCCCGCUCCCUUCCCCUCUCCCCUUCGCGCCUCUCUCCUGGCGCCACUACUACCUGUGGAGGCGCCUUCCCCUGGAGUCGCCUGCAGCGCUGCUGCUGCACACUCAAGGCAGCAGCAGCAGCAUGAGCAGCAUGAGCAGCAUCAAGGCCAGGAGUGCGGGUCUGGCAAUCAGCUCUCCGUGUGCAUCCAUGUUCUAGGCGCGGACAGGGAGGCAUCAGAGGCCGCAUCAUUGGCUGAGCUGCGCCUACUGCUGCCAGCAGUGGACACGUGUCUCCACCUCAUUGGCCCCAGCAUUCCAGCACACUUGCACAACAAGUGCGUCCUGCUUCACCACCCUCCUGUCUUUGAGCCGACCGAGCCACCACUUGCUGAACCACAACCGACUGAGCCACAACCUGCCGAUCCACAACCUGCCGACCCACAACGUACCAAGCGACGGCAGGCAGAGCAAUCUCUCAUGCAAGGCGUUUCUGUGAACGCAGGUCAGAGAGAAAAGCGCACUGGUAGCAUGUGCGGUCAAAGCGAGUGCGCCCAGCCCUUCCCCCAGCCCUCGCCAGGCAUUUCUCCCAAACCCAUCAGCUGCACGCACAGAGCCCACAGCAGCGCCCACAGCAGCGCCCACAGCAGCGCCCACAGCAGCGCCCACAGCAGCGCCCACAGCAGCGGGCACAGCAGGGCCCAUAGCUCACUCAAGUCACCCUCCCCCAGCGCCGCCCCUGCCACUACCCCCUCCCUGCUCUUCCUCCCCAAUGCGGGCCUGCCCGCCUUCCCCUCCUGGCGAGACACCCUGGUCCUCAUGCUGCGCCUACGUCUGCCAGCGCUCGUGACGGACUACAGCCUCGAGGCUGCAGAGAGGGCCAGAGAGGCGCUCUGCUCACUGGCUGGAGAGCUGCGGAGGGAAGCAGAGGGAGCAGUAGAGGCAGACUCAGCUAGUGCUCCGUUGGAGCCAGUCAUUAGCGAGGUCCGCCUGAACCCCUUUCGAAUGCCCUUCGCCCAUCGCAUGGCCAGCCUCGCCCUGCCCUCGCUGCCCAACUGCUGCUACUUCACCCUCACCUUCCCCGCUGCUACCACCGCUGCUGCUGCUGCUGCUGCUGCUGCUGCUGCUGCUGCUGCUGCUGCUCUUGCUACCACCGCUGCAGAGACGAGUGCAUGAACAGCUAGCAUGCAUACAUGCCUGACCGUGCCCUCCCUGCCCACCUGCUGCCACUUCACUCUCAUGCCACCACUUGCUGCUGCGCAUGCGAGAGCUUCUUAGCUGAGUGCAUGGGCAGCUGUCAUGCAUGCAUUCGUCCAUUGCCCUGCCCUCCCUGCCCGGCUGCUGCCACUUCACCCUCGCCUUUUCCACCGAGACCCGGUGUUGCUAGUGCUUGGUGGAUGCUGGAGGCUACCCAUCACCCGGUACUGGUACUUGUGGUGCUCAUGUGGAUGUUGAGUCGCUGCCAUGACUUGUUGCUCACAUGUGGCUCACCUACCGUAAUCUCCCGGCAUGAUUACCCCCCGAAAAAGGGACUCUGGGUCUUUUUUCCGGACCAUGGGUCUUAAUAUCGUAAAGGGAUUGUGAGGACCCGCUGUUUGGGGUAAAUCAUUUGAGGACCCCCC